UUUACCUUCACUUUGUUUUACAUUCACAACUGGUAGGUAAAGUCAUGGCCGACCAACUUAACAACCUUUUUGAAUCAUUUGGUUUUGCUUUUUUUUUCUUGACAAUGCACUUACUCAACCACUUCUCCCCUCUACUGACAGCAUAUAAGGCUUCCUACAACCCAGUCAACCAGAAGUUUUUCGUGGGCAUUUUAAGAACAGAAAUGAUCAGCACAGCCACCACCACCACCAUCGGCGUCGCUGCCACUACUUGCUACAAUGCCAUCGGAUCUACCACUUGCCUCCGGAAGGAAGGAGAGCUCUGCCCAAACUCGAGCAGACCCGAUGACAGCACUCCCGGGGUGACACCUCCACGCCUCCCUGAACGCGGCCGCCGACGCCGAGGUCGCCAAGAACACCGCCCGGGAAAGGGCCCCCGGCCGCCUUGCCCGUGUGGGGACGACCACAGUCACCCAAACUUACACGUCGUCCUCCACCGUGUCCGGCACCAAGCUCUCCCUCUCGUACGCCUGUGA